GAGGGGCAAAACAGUUGCACUUGGUGCUUCGAACGGUUCAGAUCGACUACGACGAACAACUUUGAAAACCGCGCUGAUUUGUGUGCGAAUUGUGUGUUUGGAAGCGAACAGCACGUUUAUUGUGAUUUACCACGUUCGUUGUGAUUGCAAACGUUGAAAUCUCUUCCCCUCUUAGUUAAAGUGUAAUCGGUUGACGACCAGGACGAAAACGUUGUUGUUGUGGUGUGUUCUCAAGAGAAGAGCUCCGGAUCUACGACUUUAGAUUAGUGCAAUCAAUUUGUGGAAGCUAUUUGAUCUGUUUGACUGUGUGAUCAAUCAAUAUUUGAACCACACAUUGCUGUAGGAUUUCCCACCAUCCGCCGCCAUGCCGGAGAUACAAGUGUUGCAACCUUCGUCAGCCGCAUUACAGCCGGUCCCGGUGCCGGCCGUAGUUAACAGAUCGAGUAGCGGCCCUAGCAGUGCCACCGGUAACAACAACAACAACAACAAUAUCUCCGCGAAGAAACCGACAUCGGAAGUAGAUCAACUGCCGCUCUUUGCCGACGACGAGAAGAAAUCCAGCAAAAUCCAAGAACUACGGAAACUGAUCGAAAACUGUGAUGAUUUCGUACGCCGGAGUGAUGAUUUGUUUUUGGUGCGAUUCCUGCAGUGCUGUGACUGGAACGUUGAUGACGCUUAUCAACGUAUGAUCAAACUGUUCAAAUUGAAGCACGACAACCCAGAUUGGUUCGUCGACAAACCACUGCAUCACUACAAGGAACUCCUUAACAACAACAUAAAGUUCGUUCUGGACAAGCGAGACAAAAAAGGGCGCCGGAUAUUCGUCAGCAAGAUGGGCAACAUGGACAUUAACAAAUUUUCCGCAACGGAUCUGGCUCACCUGGACGAACUGUGGUGCGAGUUCAUGCUGAACGACUUGGAAACGCAGAAGAAUGGAAUCUCCUGUCUGAUCGAUAUGAGUGGCUAUUCCCUUAAGAGUCUCCGAUAUCUGACGCCAACCAACAUUCGAAUCGGAACACAGAAAGCCGAUUUGAUGCCGGUGAAGCACAUGGAGUUCCACGUGGUGAACUCGUCGGCCUUCAUGAACGCAGCCGUCGCCAUUCUGUAUCCGAUGUUGAGCAAACAGAUCAAGGAUUCGGUACAUUUCCACUACUCGAAUUGGGACUCACUGCAUGCCCAUAUGGGGAAGGACGUACUUCCGGCGGAGUACGGUGGCACGAAUGGGGAAAAGUUCGAUCACGACAUGCUGAACAAGCAAUUGCUGGACUUGGAGCACCAUUACGACGGGUUGAUUCGCUUCGGGUACGAGCUGAAGCCGCACGUGGAUCCGAGCAAGUAUGCGAAAUUCUUCCACUACGUAGAAAAGACCAAAGGUAAUAAGCGAAGGUACAAAUCCAAGAGGGACGAGAAUGUUGAAAUGUGAUUUGGAGAAGAUUGUAUUUAGUGUAUUGAGUAGUUCGAGGUGAAACCAGGCCGUCAUCGGCACAAAUUGUUAGAAUUCCAAUUUUUUGUUGCUAUUUGGUAGAAUAUGCUAAAGCUAGAGGAGAAGCGCAUUUGGUUAAGGUGAAUCAAUCGAAGAAAAACCUAAAAUUUUCAAGAGCACAAAUCAGAAGAACCGUAUAUCCGAUUGAGCUGAAAACUCGAUCGAUUGGUUGGACUAAUCGAUCAAGUUUUCAGCUCCAUCAGAUGUUCGGUUCUUCAUGAAAAUUUAAGGUUUGGUUAUGGUUCUUCUUCACCUUAAAUCAUAUUGAUGGACCCCACGUAGGCCAGCUAGAUAAAAAGGCCAUCAUUGAUGAAUUUUAUGUAUUGCUUCACUCCAAAAAGAUUAAUAACCAUAGAAGAGCCGUAAAUGUGUGAGCAUGGUGUUUAACUAACUGGCGUACGAGGGGUCUACCAAUUUGGAAUAAUUAAAACGCUUCUCCUCUAGUUUUAGCACAUUCUACCGAAUAACGACAAAGAAUUGCAUUCUAACUACUUGUAUUGAUGGCGGCGCGGUAUCGACAAGAAUUUCUCAUUAGAAUGUUAAGUUUUAAUGAAUUUCUAAUGUGAUAAGUGAAAUCUCAAAUAUUCAUAUUCAAAGGUAGGUAAUGAUUAGUAUAAGUUCUUAAGACAGUAGA